AUGCCAGAAGCCAUUUCCACUAAACUAUCCCCACUCACCAACCAAGAUUCCAAUUACUAUGCUGAAGCCAUCUCCGAAAACAACUUUAAUGCUGACACUGAAUUCUGCUCGCGUGCUAAAUUAGCCUGCUCCAUCGGGUCCGAUGCAUACGUGACCGCACUGGUUUACAACAAGUAUGGAGGCGCCAUCGCCCCACUCGAGAAGGUUGAUCAAUUUUCUUUCUUUAGGCUAUCAACUCUCAAAGAAGGGAACGAAAUCCAUCUUUCCAGUUUGAAAGUUUCCCUUCCCUUUCGCGCGUUUCUUCCUUCUCAAAUUGCAUCUAAAGUUCCGCUGACCUCAGAAGGAAUCGCAAAAAUAUUCCCCCAGUCUUCUAAAGAAGACACUGCAACAACCCUUUAUUACUGCAAUGCUGCAGCAAUAAAGGGAGAGCUCAAAGUCUGCCCAAAAUCACUUGAAGAAAUGAUCAGCUUCUCCAAAUCAGCCUUAGGUAAGAACAAGUUGCUUGCGCUAACUUCCAAGAGCACGAAAGGCUCAGCCAGUGAGCUUAAGAUCAAAAGGAUUAAACAGUAUGACGUUGAAAAAAUCGUUGCAUGCCAUGAGAUGUACCUUCCCUUUGCAACUUACUUCUGCCAUUCCCUGCCCUCGUCUAAAAUAUAUGCGGUAGACGUUGUGGAGCCGAGCACAGGAGCUCCAGUUAAUACGGUUGUUGCGAUAUGUCACAUGGAUACGUCGGCGUGGCCUGAGGAGCAUGUAGCAUUCAAGAUAGUGAAAUUGGGCCCUGGACAAGGCGAAGUGUGCCACUGGCUGAGUGAGAUCGAUGUUGCAUGGAUAGCUGGUGGAGAGUAA